AUGAUCCCCUCCCAGUGGCUGGCCACCCUUCUGGGUGGCUUCAUUGCCGUCCAGGCCGCUGUCGCAAUUGACCUCACCGUCACCGACCAAAGCUCCCUCAAGAGCGCUGCCAAGCAGGUCGCUACUGACAUGAUGAAUUACUACGAUAACCGCGACUCCAAGAAUAUUCCCGGAAAGUUAGACGGGACCUGGUGGGAAGGUGGUUCCAUGUUCAUGAUCCUCAUCCAAUACUGGUUCUUGACCGGCGACAGCCAGUUUAACUCCGUUAUCCAAGAGGGAAUGUACUGGCAAAAGGGCGAGGAUGAUUUCUUCCCUUCGAACUAUAGUCAGUAUCUCGGAAACGACGAUCAGGUCUUCUGGGGCCUGGCGGCAAUCACGGCAGCCGAGUUGAACUUUCCCGAAGAAUCCAACCAGCCUUCGUGGGUCUCGCUCGCGCAGGGCGUUUUUAAUACUCAGGUUCCGCGAUGGGACACCAGCACCUGUCACGGUGGUCUGCGCUGGCAGAUCUGGCCCUACCAGGCCGGUUACCAGACCAAAAACGCCAUCUCGAACGGCGGUCUCUUUCAACUGGCCGCCCGCCUGGCGCUCUACACCCACAACCAAACAUAUGCCCAAUGGGCUGAACGCAUUUGGGAUUGGAGUGCGACCACGCCACUCCUCAAGGAAAAGAACUGGAACAUUGCCGACUCGACCUCCCCCGAGUCCGGAUGUACUGACCACGGUGACUGGCAAUGGACGUACAACUACGCGACCUACAUCAGCGGCGCUGCUUACAUGCACAACUACACCGACGGGAAAGAAUCGAAAUGGAAGGAAGGUAUCGAGGGCCUGCUGGGCACUUCGGAGCAAUUCUACCCGACCAAGGGCUUUGGCUCGGACGAUGGAUCGAUUUUGGCGGAGAUCACUUGCGAGGCGAUCGAGAAAUGCGACCGCAACCAAAUCACCUUCAAGGCUUACUUUUCCUCCUGGCUCGCCUGGCUGACGCUGAUUGUCCCGGGCACCUCCGACCAAAUUCUCCCCAAGCUCGCGACCUCGGCUACCGCAGCCACCAAGACGUGCGUCAAGGACGGCCACCUCUGUGGAAUUCAGUGGUACAAGCAAGCCUCCGACGGAACUGAUGGCCUGGAGCAGCAGAUGGCGGUCUUGGGUGUUCUGAACGCUAAUCUGGUUCCGUUCAAGAACCAGGCCCCCUACACAUCCGAUACCGGUGGCACGUCCAAGGGUAAUCCCAGCGCUGGUACCAACAGCACCGCCACAAAUACCCUGAUUACAAAGCCAAUCACCACCGGUGACCGCGCGGGUGCGGGAAUCUUGACCGUCAUCUUCGUGACUGGCUGGGUGGUUGCUAUCACUUGGAUGAUCCGGGGUGGUUGA